GCUGGAAUGGGAGGCGUACUCCUCUGGCGUCACCCUAAAAUAAGUCCGACCUCUCCUCCUUGGGUGAAGGUUCACUGCGGUGACACUGUUUCUUUAGCUGUCUCCUACUGCAUAGUUAAACAUUUCAGCAACAAUGUCUGGCCGUGUCCUCGUUGGAGUUAAGCGUGUCAUUGACUACGCCGUAAAGAUUCGUGUGAAGCCUGACAACAGUAGCGUGGUGACUGAUGGAGUUAAGCACUCAAUGAACCCCUUCUGUGAGAUCGCUGUGGAGGAGGCGGUCAAGAUGAAGGAGAAGAAGUUUAUUAAGGAGGUUGUGGUUGUCAGCUGCGGGCCACAGCAGGCACAGGAGACCAUCCGUACUGCCCUCGCCAUGGGAGCAGACCGUGGCAUUCAUGUGGACGUGACUGGGAAAGACUAUGACAACUUGGGACCCCUGCAGGUCUCCAAGAUCAUGGCUGCUCUGGCCAAGAAGGAGGAAGCUCAACUCGUCAUCCUCGGCAAACAGGCCAUCGACGAUGACUGCAAUCAGACUGGCCAGAUGACAGCAGCGCUACUGGACUGGCCUCAGGGUACCUUUGCAUCAGAGGUGACAUUGGAAGGAGACAAGAUGAAAGUGGUGAGAGAAAUUGAUGGUGGCCUGGAAACUAUUAAGAUCAACACACCGGCUGUGAUUACCGCAGACCUUCGACUCAACACCCCCAGAUAUGCCACCCUGCCCAACAUCAUGAAAGCCAAGAAGAAGAAGAUAGAUAAAGUGAAGCCUGCUGACUUAGGGGUGGACAUCACGUCACGGUUGGAGGUGUUGCGAGUGGAUGAGCCUCCACAUAGAGAGGCGGGCGUGAAGUUGGAGACGGUGGCCGACCUGGUGGACAAACUGAAGGAGGCAGGGACGAUAUAGAGGCUUCAGGGGCGUACGCAGGGAGCGCAGAACUUGGCAGAAGGGACUCUCUAAUGAAUAACUGGACUGUAUCGCAUAAGCACGACCGGAGGAGCAGUUUAUGUAUCGCUCUAAUCUUUCUGUUUGAGACUGUGACUCCUGAGGCUAUGCAGGGAGGUUCUGACAGGAGAGGAGGAGUACUGAGACACACCGUCCUGCAGCAGACCCAGACAACCCCAAAAGGAUCAUCUUGUCUUUUAUGUACAUUUUAACUUGAAAUGAUCUGUAUUAUAGGCUACUUAUCUGUCUUUAGACAAGCAGUCUUUAUGCAAUAAUUGAAACCCAGGAACGUCUAACACUAUCAGUCACGCUGCUGUUUGUAUAACACUGUACGCUACCAGUACGAUGCAUUUCACCAACAGUUACUGGACUCUGCUGUUCAAUCUUGUGAAUCCGUAGUCACACAUGUUAUGAGGUGCAGUUUUUGUAAAUGAUAUGUAAAUAUGGACCCAAACAUGUUGAGAUUAUUAUGUCCUUCAAGAUUAGUAUCAUGCCUGCUGGUAAUUUGUAUAGUUUGCGUAAUUGUAACUGGGUUUCAAGAUUGCGUAGAACGUGUCUCUCAGUAUAUAGGAUGAUCAUAAAUCUGACUUGUACCAUAAGCGCCUCAAUUCUCUGAUUGUACAGAACAUUACCAUGACAAUAAAACAGCCAGUCUUUUUCAUAACUAAAUA